AUGAAUCCAGUGCUGUUCGUUGCCAGCCAUAUUUUGAUAGUUGGAGUUUCAUUUUCGAUGAUCAACGUCAGCAUGAACACGGUGUUUUCUACCUUGAUUGGUCCAAGAAGUCAGGGCACGUUGCAAGGUGUUCUUCUGCUAAGCGGUAGCGUCGCAAGAAUGUGCGGUCCAAUAUUCGUAUCGAAUCUUUUCACGGAAUAUGGUCCACGACCACCAUGGGGAAUGGAGAUUGUUUUCGCUGGAGGGUGUGCGCUCUUGUGGAUAAUCUUCUACAAGCGAAUGGUUCCUCUGAAACUUCCGAAAAGUUUCAGUGCUGGCGAAAUGUUCAGGAAUAAACAUGGGAUGGUCUACAGAUUCUAG